UUCUUGUCAAAAGCUUUCUUUUUUUAUUUGGGUUUGAGUUUCUAAUAAUGCCUAUAUAUAUUGUAACAAAGAUGACUCGGCUAGAAUAAACCAGCAUUUCUAAACCUUCCUUGAAUUUCCAUCUCCUUUCUAGGUUGAACAACUUCCAAUUUUACAAUCAAUAUAAUACAGAUAUUGCUGAUGUUUUGCCACAUGAUCUCAUCUUUUUCCAUCACUGCUACCAUUUUUCUGUUUUCGUUCUUUGGCCUAUGUUCAUCAACCUUUGUAUCUAUCGGCCAGGGAAACGAAACAGAUCAAGUAGCUCUUCUCAGUCUCAAGUCCAAAAUAACUAGUGAUCCUUUUGAUGUUAUGCAGUCAUGGAAUGCCACCACUCAUUUCUGUCAAUGGCAUGGUGUUACAUGCGGUCAUCUGCACCAGCGAGUCAUUAUGUUAGAUUUAAGUUCCUUGAAGCUAGCAGGCUCAGUGUCACCUCACAUUGGAAAUUUGAGCUUUCUAAGAAUAUUAGAUCUUCAAAAUAAUAGCUUCAAUGGAGAAAUCCCCUCAGAAAUUGGCCGCCUAAGAAGAUUACAACAAUUGGUGCUAUCAAACAACUCAUUUAGUGGCAAAAUCCCCUCUAAUAUAUCUUCCUGCUUGAACCUGAUUAAUUUACAGAUUGGUUGGAACCAGCUGGUAGGUGAAAUUCCAGGCCUAUUUGGCUCCUUGUCAAAGCUUAUAAUCAUUUCGACGAAUCACAACAACCUGACAGGAGCUAUACCUUCUUCUUUUGGUAAUUUGUCUUCCGUUGAGACAAUUUUUUUAGGUGACAACAACUUAGGUGGGAAAAUUUCAGAAUCUUUAGGCAGAUUAACAAAUCUGUCAGAAUUUCUUGUAACUAGUAACAAAUUGUCUGGAACUAUACCUCCUUCACUUUUUAACCUCUCUUUGCUUACAAAAUUUGGUGCUGGUGAUAAUCAAAUUGAUGGGAGUCUUCCAUCCACCAUUGGUAUAACUCUUCCGAAUAUUCAAUAUUUUGGUAUCGGAUUGAACAAUUUUUCUGGGUCUAUUCCAGUUUCUAUAUCCAAUGCCUCUAAACUGGAACUGUUUCAGCUUCCACAGAAUGAAUUCUAUGGAGAAGUUCCGUCUUUCAAAAACAUUCCGCGACUUCAAGUUCUAAGUAUCUCUGCUAAUCAUCUUGGAAAUGACUUGAGCUUCUUAUGCUCUUUAACCAAUGCUACUGAAUUACGGCUCUUAGCUUUAAAUGUCAACAACUUCCAAGGAAUUCUACCUGAAUGUGUCGGUAACUUGUCAACUGCUCUUGAAAUAUUGGCAGUAGAUAAUAAUAUGAUACAUGGAAGUAUACUAGCUGCAGGGAUUCCCAAUCUUGUUAACCUACAAUAUCUUGAAAUGUGGAACAACAAUUUCUCAGGUAAUGUUCCCGUUGAUAUUGGAAAGCUGCAAAAGUUAGAGUUACUUUAUUUACAAAAUAACAAUUUCUCUGGAGAAAUUCCUCACUCUUUGGGUAAUUCAACACUUUUAACCUAUCUGCGGUUAAGUGACAAUAGUCUUCACGGCACCAUCCCUUUAAGUUUGAGUGAAUGCAAAAAUCUUUUACUUCUUGAUCUUUCUGGUAACUAUCUUAGUGGCUCCAUUCCUCCACAAGUUAUUGGCCUUUCUUCCUUAUCAAUAGGUCUUGAUCUGUCUCUGAAUAAAUUAAGUGGUCCACUUCCUGUUGAUGUUGGAAACUUGAAAAACCUUGGAGUGUUGCUUGUUUAUGAAAAUAUGUUAUCUGGGGAAAUUCCAAGUAGCCUUGGUAGUUGUUUGAGCUUGGAAAUAUUAUCCAUGGAGGAUAACUAUUUCCGAGGGCCUAUCCCUUCAUCUUUGAGUGCAUUAAAAGCCCUUCAAGUUAUAAAUUUUUCUCACAACAAUUUAACAGGCCAAAUUCCGGAAUUUUUGUCUCAUUUAGCUUUGUUGAUUAAAUUGAACUUAUCUUUCAAUGAUUUUGAAGGCGUAGUUCCAAUGAAAGGAGUAUUCAGAAAUUUGAGUGCUAUUUCAGUCAUGGGAAACAGUAAACUCUGUGGAGGCAUUCCAGAAUUGCAGCUACCUACUUGUGUUAAAAUAUCUAAGAGCAGGAGAUUGACUACCAAACUCAAGGUCAUAAUUGCAACAAUAGCAGGGCUUUUAGGAGCAGCUUUGAUGUUCUGUUUCAUUUUUAUGUUAAGGAAGAGACAGAAAAAUAAUCUUGCAGUUACUUCCUCCUCUACUGAUGACUCACUUUUGAGAGUGUCUUAUCGAAAUCUCCACGACGCUACAAAUGGGUUCUCCUCAGAAAAUUUAAUUGGUGUUGGUAGUUUCGGUUCUGUAUAUAAAGGAAUUCUUCAAGAAGGUGGGUCAAUUGUUGCAGUUAAGGUGCUUAAUCUGCAGCUGCAUAGAGCAGCUAAUAGCUUUAUUGCUGAAUGUGAAGCCUUGAAAAAUAUCAGACAUCGAAAUCUUGUGAAAGUACUAACUGCAUGUUCAAGUAUGGAUUACCAAGGAAAUGAUUUCAAGGCUCUAGUGUUCGAGUUUAUGGUUAAUGGCAGCCUGGAGGAAUGGUUGCAUCCAUCUACUGGAAUUGAAGUUGGCAAUAAUAAUACACCAAAAAGUUUAAAUCUUAUGCAGAGAUUAACUAUUUCCAUUGACGUUGCUUCUGCACUUGAGUAUCUCCAUCAACAUUGCGAAACUCCAGUAGUUCAUUGUGAUCUCAAACCGAGCAAUGUUCUUCUUGAUGAUGAACUUACUGGUCAUAUAAGUGAUUUUGGCCUAGCAAAGUUUCUUCUGCAAAGCAUUUCUAAUGUUCCUGCUAAUCAAUCAACUGCUAGUGGAUUAAGAGGAACUAUUGGAUAUGCUCCUCCAGAAUAUGGGCUAGGAAGUGAAGUAUCAACAUACGGUGAUGCAUAUAGCUAUGGCAUUCUCUUGCUGGAGAUGUUUACAGGAAAGAGGCCUACUGACGAAAUGUUCAAAGAAGGAUUGGAUCUUCAUAAGUUUUCCAGGUUAGCUUUACCAGUUAAAGUGACUGAAAUUUUAGAUCCAAUUCUUCUUCAAGAAGUACAUGAAGUAGGGACAAGCAAUAGAAUCAUGGAACUCUUGAUCUCCAUUGUUGGAAUUGGAGUUGCUUGUUCUGUAGAAUUGCCAAGAGAGCGAAUGAGCAUGGCUGAUGUUGCUGCACAGCUUUGUUCCAUUAGAGAUAAGCUUCUUCGCAAUCCUCGUUAAGAUUGUUAUUUAUAUAAGGUCUCAUUUGGUUUGUCAAAUAUUGUAGAAUAUUAUAUGUAAAAUAGCUAUAGUUGGCUUGCCUGGACUUAAAUUUAUAUGUAAAAUAAUUAUUUUGCAGUAAUUUUAUAAUCUCAAGCAUUAUUCAAAAA